AUGACCUCUUCAGCCUCAAGCAACCCCGCAGCCGCAACCGCAACGCCCAAAGCCAAAAACAUCCCCAAUCCUCGACGCCUCCUAAUCCUCGCUCCAACAACCCAGUCCGAAUCGAUUAUCCCGCCUCUUCUACACUCCCUGACUGGGGUUCCAGUCACCAACCCACCACAGCCAACAGAACAAGCGCCCGAAAGAGUCACCUUCGCAGGCUACACAACACACAGUCCUCUCCGCCUGGAAACGAAAUACUAUAACACCGAGGUCCCAGUCUGGGUCGAUGAGAUUCCUCUAUCUGAUACAACCGAGCAAUGGAAAACCGACUUCCUAAGCGAAGAAGCUGAGAUUGUUCGCGAGGCCGUCGGCGCAUUGGUCGUUUGCGCCCAUGCGCCUGAACAUGGUCCUCCGGAUCCAAAUGCUGAAAAUGACAUAGCUGAGCGAGAGGAUGUACGCGCAUUGCGUGAUGUAAUGCGCGGUAUUGCCGCUGUUAAAGAGAAGAUCGACGAAGAGCGCGGGAGUAUCGGUGAUGUUCCUGGGGUAUUGGUGUUAGUUGGGGCGAGGAAAGUGGCUGCGUCGUCAGCAACAAAGUCUGGGCCAAAUGGGCAGGAGACUGGGGAUGAUCUGGGUGAUGAUCUUGGGGAUGUGGUUCCGUUGUCGGUUGGGUGGUGGGAGGAUCAAUUUUAUGAUAUGGGAUUACUGGGGUGGGAGGUUAUUGAGUGGGAUCCCAAAGAGGGGGGUGAAGAAACGAGAAAUCAAUAUGGAGAACGAGAGGGUAUGCCGAGGAUCAAGGAAGUUCUCGAGACUCAUGAUUGGUCUAUGACCAGUGCUGGUGUUGAGGACGAUGCAGACUCCGAGGAUGGUCUUGAAGACCAACUUCUGGGUAUGGAUGGCUCUCGUGGGUUUGGGAAUGAGGUUCACGAGCUUGAGCGUGAGAUGUUUGGUUUGCGAAUGGCAAUUGAGCGAGGUGGCGGUGAUGGUGAUGAGGAUGAAGAUGAAGAUGACGGUGAUAAAGAGAUUGACGUUGAGACGAUGGAAUCGCUGAUGAUGCGCAUGCAGGCGAUUAAAGAUAUGGGCUCUGACCUGCCGGAGGCCGAGCGCAAACGAUUUGCUGCCAAAGCUGUACAGGAUAUCAUGCGAGAAUUAUGA